AUGCGCGCUAACACCGCGUCCAUCCUUUCGGCCUCGCUCCUUCUGGGGCAGGCUUCCGCCGCUUUGCCUCCUAUCAUCAUGAAGGGAAGCAAAUUCUUCUACGAGAACGGUACCCAAUUCUUCAUGAAGGGUGUGGCAUACCAGCAGGACAGCGCCGCUGCGGGUGAAUCUACUGGCAGCACCAAGUACGCCGACCCGCUCGCCAACGAGGCCGCGUGCAAGCGCGAUGUGCCCCUGUUGAAGGCCUUGAAGACCAACACGAUCCGUACCUACGCUAUCGACCCCACAGCCGACCACUCCGUCUGCAUGAAGCUUCUCGACGAUGCGGGUAUCUAUGUUGUGAGCGAUCUCAGCGAGCCGGCUCUGUCCAUCAACCGCGACACUCCCGCGUGGGACGUGGACCUGUACAAGCGGUACACCGACGUCGUCGACAACUUGAGCAAGUACAGCAACGUCAUCGGUUUCUUCGCCGGUAACGAGGUGUCUAACAACAACACCAACACCAUGGCGUCUGCGUACGUCAAGGCUGCCGUCCGCGACACCAAGGCAUACAUCAAGCAAAAUGUGAAGCGCUGGAUGGGUGUCGGUUAUGCCGCCAACGAUGACCCCUUCAUCCGCUCCCAGAUCGCCGAGUACUUCAACUGUGGCCAGGAGGCUCAAGCCAUUGAUUUCUGGGGCUACAACAUCUACUCAUGGUGCGGCCAGAGCAGCUUCGAAAAGUCUGGCUACGACACCCAGGUCAAAUUCUUCAGCAACUUCUCUGUCCCGGUUUUCUUUGCUGAGUAUGGUUGCAACCUGCCCGAUGGUGCCGAAGGCCGCACCUGGGACGACACCAAGGCCUUGUACUCCGACAAGAUGACGGGUGUCAUGUCAGGUGGCAUUGUUUACAUGUACUUCGAGGAGGCGAAUGAUUACGGCCUGGUUGAAGUCAAGGGUACCUCGGCCUCCACCAUGAAGAACUACGACGCUCUCGAGAAGGUCAUGGCCACUAUUCAGCCCUCCGGCGUUGAGAUGGACCAGUACAAGCCCACCAACACCCCCGCUGCCUGCCCCGCCGUUGGCAAGGACUGGAAGGUCAAGGGCGGCUCUCUGCCCCCGCAGCCGGAUAGCUCGCUCUGCGACUGCAUGUUCUCGUCGCUCAGCUGCGUCCCCGCGAAGGACCUCGCGACCAAGGAUUACGGCGACAUCUUCGGCUACAUCUGCGGCAAGUUCCCUGAAGUUUGCGCCGGAAUCAACGGCAACACCACCACUGGCGUCUACGGCGCUUACUCGAUGUGCGGUGCCCGCGAGAAGCUCGGUUACGCCCUUGACCAAUAUUACCAGGCCCAGCACAGCGCUGCCGACGCCUGCGACUUCAAUGGACAGGCCACCAUUCAGUCCGGCCAGGAGGAUAGCAAGUGCAGCUCUGCUCUCGCCAGCGCCAGCCAGGCCAAUGAUAUUGCUGCCACGGCCACGGCCGGCGCCGACCCCUCUGAGAGCAGCAACGCUGCUGGCGUUAGCGGCCCGCUCCGUGGCGGGUUUGUGCUUGGCGAGCUUGCCAUUGGCCUCUACGUCCUCGUUUCCAUGGCGGUUGGUGCCUCCAUGGUUUUGUUGUAA